AUGUCCAAGAUCCUUACCGUAUUUGGAGCAACUGGCGGACAAGGCGGUUCAGUCAUCGAUCAUAUCCUCGCCCACCCUCAGCUUGCAAAGACGUACCAGAUUCGCGCCAUUACACGUGAUGUAACCAAAGCGGCAGCGCUGGGGUUGAAAGAGAAGGGAGUCGAAGUCGUCUCUGCCGACUUGAAUGACAAGGAGUCCGUCGCCAAAACGGUCGAAGGGUCCAGUAUCGUUUUUGGAGUUACGAACUUCUGGGAGACGGCGAACAAGGAUAUCGAGGUCAAACAGGGCAGGAACAUCGUUGACGCCGCAAAAAAAGCCAAUGUCGAGCGCUUGAUCUUCUCCUCGCUCGUCAAUGUCACCAAAGAAACCAACGGCCGCAUCACUUCUGUCAAGCACUUUGAUGGCAAAGCGGAGAUUGAAGAAUAUGCCCGAUCUGUUGGAGUACCAGGCACGUAUUUUAUGCCCUCCGUCUUCGACAUCUUCUUCUUGGGUUUCUUCCGCAAGAACGCCAAUGGGGAGUACGCCUUGGGUCUGCCAUUCGAAGGGACCGUGAGAAUUCCACUGAUCGACAUCGGAUCUGACGCUGGUCUCUUCGUAGCCGCCAUCCUUCUCCAGCUCCCAGAGACUCUCAACAAGCGCGUCGUUGCCAGUGGAGGAUAUGUGACACCAGACGAGGCGGUCGCCACGUUUACCGAAGUCACUGGCAGAAAGGCCGUCUACAACAAUCCCGGCUGGGACCUGUGGAGCUCAUUCCUCCCUCCAAAGGCCAAGGAAGAGAUGACGGGCAAUUGGCAGCUCAUCUACAAUCCCGGCUACUACGCGGGAGAGCCCGAAAAUGCCAUCGAUGAGGGACAUGCUCUUGUGGCGAAGGCUGGCUUGAGGAAGCCACACAGCUGGAAGGAGUUUGUGGCGGUCAACUUCAAAGAGUAG